GUAUGUGGAAUCAUGGACAUAAAAUAAACCUUCAUAAAAAUGACUAAAAUGAAAUAUAUAUUUCUAGCGUUACUGUUCGGAAAGGAGGGCCUUACAUCUUUCAUCCGAUAUGAGCCGGGCUUCGAGUAUUUGUACGAUAUUGACGCCAUUGCAACUUUACACGACGUCGAUACGUUUCAAACCUCUGCCAAGAUUGGGUUCCAAAACAUCCAUAGCAAUGAAAAUGAACAGGAGAUAAGGCUGCAUGUCGAGUCGUUCAUUAUUUGUUCAGUGAAGACAAAUGAAUGUGGUAGUCAAAAUGAGGAAUUUUCUAAAUGGUUUUCCUUUUUGUUGACGCCACGUGGGGAAAUAAAUCAGAUAUACUAUGAAUUCGAAGAAGACAGUAACGUUCUCGCCAUCAAAAAGGGCUUUGUUGAUAUGCUGAGCUGCAAACUUCACCACAUGAGCGAGGUUGAACAUGAAGCGCAUGAAAAUGGAUGGAAGUAUCAAACGAUGGAGAACGGGAAAGAAGGCCGACAUAAUUCAAAUUAUUAUGUUAACAAGACUGAUGAGGGAUAUGCUUUCCACAAAACUCGCGUGAACUACACACAUUCCGUGAAAGGAGGAUCUUCGUCGUAUCAAAAGAAGUUGACAUUCCAUUCCGAGUCCGCGAUUAUUGAGACUGUCAAGGUUGAAGAAAACUUAACACUUGACAUCAGUCAUGAUGAUGGUUUUGAUCCAUACAAAGGAAUGAGGCCAUCGGUACCCGUGGGUUCGUUUAACAACUUCGAUAUGCCACAAAUACAAGCGCACUCGAAAGAUGACCUGAUUUUUACCGGAAAAAGAGUUAUUGCUAAGCAUGUUCAAAGGCCACAACACCUUACGGAAGCAAAUAUCUCGGAUAUACCUCUCAAAAAUGUAAGGAAGAACUACUGGGGAGAAAAUGCUACAGAGGCAAUAUUGUCAAGCCUUGAAUGCCUGCGGAAGGAACCAGAGAGAGGAUCUCAUCAGUCAAACAUUUGCUUUAAGACGUUAGUGAAUGUUCUUGACAGCCUGGAAUGGAAUAAUUUGAAGAACAUUACCGACUGCUAUCUGAAAUUUCCUUUUCCAAGAAAAUGUUCAAAAAGAGCAGAUCAAAAUCAUUUUGCUGAUGCAGUAGGAAGUUUGAAGAGUGAUCAUUCAAUUGAACUCAUCGCUAACAUUUUGACAGGAGAUUUAUCGCCGGAACGGAUUAUCGACCGAAUUCUUACGGCAAUAUCUGCUUCAGAUAUUAACCCGUCUUCGAAAUUACUGGACGCUCUACGAAAAGGAUGCACGAAGAAAGACACUCGGUUUACACAAGAAACUCGACACUCUUUUUGCUUCGCAUUUGGAGGUCUGAUUGGAAAUCUUCAUCAGAAUAACAAACAUUCUGAAGCAAACGAGCAUAUUCAAUAUGUGCACAGAGCUCUUGGACUGCAUGAUCCAUGGGAGUAUAGAAGAAAGAGGUCAUUUAUGUCAGAGAGCGAAUGCAUCGAACAUGACCUAGAAAAGGUGGUUCUGUUAGAGACGUUGGGGAAUGCUGGACUCUCAAGUUCAUAUGAAUACAUUGCAUCUCACAUAAAUUCCACCAAUUCUCAGUGGGUGAAACGGGCUGGUAUUUUUGCUCUGAGAAGUUAUCACGAUAAACAGACUAUGGACACGCUUCACAAGGUUGCCAUUAGCGAUGAAGAAGAAGUUGUAAGAUACGAGGCAGUGCAACAGUACCAAUCACACCCGCUUACCGUUAACUCGAUGGACACCACAAAUGUUGUUACUCAUGAUGUAUCGAAGAGAUCCAUAUUUGACAAAUCAUUAGCGUUUAAAUUGGAAGCCCCUGGGGUAGACUGGAGAAAACAGAUCGGCUCGAAAACUAUUGGCGCUUCGUUUGGAUUGAUCAUGGAAAAUCUUCUUGACCUUCAAGUUUCGCUGCUGAAGGGAAGUAUCGAGAUCAGAGUGCACGAUGAAGCUUACGGAAGAGUCCAUUUAGGCUUUCUCGGUGGGAACUUUGACUUCUUUGUCGCUCGGAUAUGCUUCAAAGGUGGUGCAAAAUACAAUCUGAACAUCUUAAAGGAUCUUGAUAUAGAAAACAUUUUCAAAAUGUUCAAACAGUUUGUUGCCACUGUGAAGAAUGUCAUAUCCGCUAUCCGAAAAGGCGUCUCUGCAUUCCAAAAUAUAUUGAACUCAGAUGGUUCAAUUAAAGCAAUCGUUGAGAGAUUUGUUGACGCAAUUGAAGAACUUCCUGACAAAGUGUCCUCGUUCGGCGAAAGAAUUCAAGCCGUGAUAAGAAAAAUCUCAGUGAUAAAUGUAAAGAAACUGCCAUCGUUUAUUAUCCCAGUCAAACAGUUUGUUGAUGAAUCGGUGAAAUUGUACGAAAGAGUACGAAGUGACGUUAUGACGUUUUACAAUACGAUAGCAGACGCCAUCCAGAUUAAAAUUCCGCAAUCUGCAGAACAAAUAUUCGAAGCAGUUCAGGGCAUUAUUAACGGGUUUAUGGACAUUUUCAGCGAUGUUAAAACGUCCUUGUUCAAAAUCGGAAAAGGAGUUUUAAUGAUUUGGAUCAAUGUCAAGCAACUAAACGAAACAUUACAAGACGUCAAAUCUCAUACAUUCAUAUCAGGAGGUAUGAAGCAAUACUUUUUCGAUCUAAAUGAAGACAUUGGUGUUCUGUCCGAUAUGUUCAAAAAUGCGUCGAAUGCUCUUGUCCAUCAAACAGAAGACUGGAUAAACGAAGCAAUGGAAGGCAAAGAUAUUAUUGCGACGUUUACAAACGGAACACAAACAAUGGGGAAGCUCCGGCAGCGUAUUGUUUCGGAACUUUUAGAAGCAGUAAAGGAUGUGAAUGAACCUCUGAAUAGCUUAUUAAACAUCGGCGGAAACUUUAUCAAAAACUUCGUUGAUUUAUUUGACAGCUAUAAUGCAAUCAAAAGUGCAUUUCAAGAACUGAAACAAGGGUAUGAAGAUGCGAAAUCCAUGGUGACUCGCAUAUUAGGGACUAAGUGUCAUCGUGACUUUCCAAAAACCAAACGGGAAAGCGGUGGCGGCUGUGACGGGGACGGAUUUUAUCCGGCUAGACUUCAAAAUGGAGGACCAGAAUACACAAAUGAUGGUAUCGAUAUCAUCAUAGACGAAAACAACAAUAUUGUUGCGCCAUUUGCUGCUAAGGUAUAUCUGUCUGAGAACGAAAAUGAAGUGAUACUGUCAGAAAUUGGAUCGCUCCCUUCAAAUUCUGAAAUAAUCAUUACAAAUGUGAAACCGUUGGCUUUGAUCAAACAGCCGUCUGACGAAGAAUAUGUCGAGACCUACGUGGCUGGAGGAGAUACUAUCGGAUUUGCAACUGCCUCUCCUUGUAAUGGAUUCAACCAUAUUCAUUUGUCCUUGAGGAGAGAUGACGGGCUAGUAGAUCCCAGUGAUAUAUUAGACACUCGCCCACUUCAGCUCCCUAAAUGGACUCAGGUCUGUGAUGACUACAAGCUAGUUUACAAGGGUAAAACGAUCAAAGCCGGAUUCAUUGUUGGAACUGAAGGAAGAAAGGAGGAAGAUACAAGUCAAACAGUUCCAACAGACGGAACUGUGCCACCGGAAGAUUUGGCGGAAACACAACGGCCCGGAACAGAUAUUGACGAGAUAAAGGGAAACCCUAACAGUCUAUACAAUGCAAUAGAAACAGGAGGACGACGGCGUAAACGCGACUUGAAGGGCAUAGAUUCUGCGUUUAAAAUAAUGUUGGAAAAUAUAAAGCUUUUUCUGAAGAAAUUGAAGAUACGUCAAAUAAAAAUGGGCGCCAUUAUUGACUUUCUGGAAGAAUUAGGACUCGAGAAAACCAAACAGGGAAUGGCAGACCUCAUGAAAAUUGUCAAGGACUCCCUCGACAAUGAAGGAUGCAAUAAUCCAGAUUUCCUGACUGACGAUGAACUUGAAGCACAGCUACAAAACAGAGGUCUGCAGCCAAAGGAAAGUCGGGAAGAAAUGAUAGAACAGCUGAGGGAACCUGAUAACAAAUGCCCGUUGAUGACGCUCUCGAUGCCGGAUUCGAAAAUGCUGUAUUGUACAAUGGACGAUCAGUGUCUUGGGAUCGAAUGCUGCAUGACGAUUGACUUGUUUGAUAUUUUGGCGAAAACUUUCAAAGCGUUUAUUAGAUAUGAUCCUGACGUUCCAUCACUUACUUUUGGCUUUGAAGACUGGGUUUACGAAAUAGCGGAGCCAGCGUUAGGAGGAGACGAAGAGCAAACUGUUAAAACGGACAUAAAAUUUGAUUUCCUUGAUGAAAACAACCUCAUUUUGAAAUAUGCAUUUAAAAUAAGACAAAAGAACCUUAAAGUUACAUUUGGUGUUGGAAUUUGCAACCCUGACGACUUGGAUGACUGUUUUGCAUUCUUUUACGUUUUAAAAGAUGCUAUAUUUCCGUAUCCAACUGUAAACGCAGACGGCUCUUUAACAUUUCCCAAAAUUGACUGGAACGAGCUUUUUAAGGACACAAAAGAUGCUUUCGAUGAUUCCGUCGAAAAUAUUGUUGAAAAAGCCAUUGACGUUGCCGUAGAUGAAUUCCUAGAAGCGCUCCACAUUGAUCCGGAUCUCCUGGCGAAUGGACCACUGUGUAAACGGCCCGAAAGGUUUGAAGAUAAUGAACUCAUCUCCGAACUCAAAAAUCGACAACUGUCUACGGAUGGAGCAAGACACGAAAUGGAGGAACGGUUAGAGCAAGACGACUUAACUUGUACUGUCUACAAUAGAACAUUAACACUUCCGAAAAUCAGCAAUGACAUCCUUUAUUAUUAUAUUCAAAAUGAUUGUUUGCGAAUUGAAGCGUGCGUUGACAUUGCAAUUCCACUUACUGACUAUACCAAGUCAUUUAGAGCAUUUAUCAGUUUGGAUCCCUGUAAUUAUGUCAUGACAGCGGCAUUUGAAAAGUGGUCUACGGAAAUUAUACUUUUUGAUUACGAAUGGGGCAAAGAUGAAAUAGUAAAAUUGACUGAGGCUUUGUAUUUAAAGUUCAACAUCGAUAAACUUGAUGAUGAAAAGGUGUUUUUAAUUGACUUUGGAAUAAAAUUCGAUGAUUUCAUCGACCAAGACAUUUUGACAGACUUUAAAGUAGAAAUACCUAUUUGUAAUGACAACUUCACACUACUGGGUAAUUUGAAGGACUUAGCGAAUGCUCUUGGAGGAGAACUUAGCAGACAGGCCUUUGAGUUGUUACUUCAACAAUUAGGAAUUAAGGAUAUACUAUUACAUGACGAGUGUAUUCUACCGGAGCCACCAACUGGUUGUCCCCCAACGCUUGAUAUUUCAAAUGCUAUUCCGGAAUCAUUGGACCAAAUCUUAAGGUGUCAACUGAGUGAUGACUGUUUUGGUAUACGGUGCUGCAUAGACUUGACAUUUCAAAUUCCAUUAAGUUCUGUUCAAAUCUCCGUUGAAAUUCCUGUUUGGUUUGACAUGGAUCCGUGUGAGUUUACCGUUCGGGCAGGGAUAGCGGAUAAAAAAUAUAGUGAACAACUCCUGCAAUAUAACUGGGAAACACCUUCUACAAUUCAUAUUGGUAAACCAGUGCAUUCGCCAAUUGAAAUAACAUAUUCUGUGGGGAAAUACGAAGACGGAUUUAUACUCAAUCUUAACCUAACAAUCUGCAUCCCAAUUGAUGAAGAAAGGUUCUGUAUACCGCAAGAAGGUUUAAGUAUUUUGGACAACGAAAAACUACCCGCAUGCAAUUUGGCGGCGUUGGCUAACUUUACAGAGUUUUCCUUAGACCAUUGGCUUCAAGAAAAGGGUUACGAUCUGUCUUCUGAACUUUCCGAAGCUGGGGCCCAAGCGCUUUUCCUAAAACUGGGUCUUUCAGAGUUUCUUAAGUCGCCUUCAUGCGACCGCAGCAGAGAACCGUACAUGCCGUCAAUCAAUGGAUGGAGCAACGUGUGUCCGUUGACCUUCGAGCGCCUACCGGUACUUCCUGACCACGUGUCAUGCCAUAUCCCGAAUCAUUGCACUGGAAUCGAUUGCUGUAUGAGGAUCCCCUCCAUUGGGUUAUCACUGAACGUUUUCUUUAGCAUCGAUAUGUGCAACUACGUUGUAACUGGUGGCAUAGAAAAACAUACGUUUGAAUUCACGUUGUUCGAUUAUGAAUGGGGUAAAGACGAAUCAGUGUCCAUUCUGAACUUUCUACGCAUGACCUAUUCAAUCAAGAAAAUUGACAAUGAAAAGAAAUUCAUCAUUAAUCUAAAAGCUGCAGUCUGUUUAGAUAGUACCGGAAACUGCUUGUUUGAACAAAAUGUGCUAGAAAACAGUGAAGUUCCUCAACUUGGGUGCGAUUUGGAAUUUAACUUUAAAAACUUCUCUACACAAAAAUGGCUUGCUGAUAAUGGGAUUGGAGAUCUGUCGUUUACGGAUGUCGGAUGGGAUGACGCAUUGGAACUUCUUUUUCAAGUAACUGGAAUGGACAAGUAUUUUCUGACUUCACCAUGCACCACCACUGUUAAUGAGCAAGUUGUCAACGACGGAUGGAUUAAUGAGUGUCCGGCUAACAUAACGUACUUACCACAGAUUGACAAUACCGUCUGUCGGUUGAAUACAACAUGUACUGCCUUCGACUGCUGCUUUUAUAUACCAUUCCUGAAACGAACUAUCCAAGUCGCAUUGAAUAUUGAUUUCUGCAAAUUUGAGAUUUAUGGAAAUUUGGAGACACUUUCAUUCAAUCUAUCAAUAUUCGAUUAUGAAUGGGGGAGUGAACAUUUCAGUACAAUACUUGAAAUGAUCCAGCUGAAAUACAAGAUUGACAAAACUGAGAAACAUUUUAUUGUGGACAUGUCUCUUGCUGUGUGCAUGGACAGCGAUGACAAAUGCCAGUUAAACCAAGAUAUAUUUGUCAAUAAAAUGCUGCCAAUACCGAUUUGUAAUACAGAUUCCGGAUAUAGUUUGAAAAAUUUUUCCAUGACAGAGUGGACAGAAAGCUUAGGAUUUUCACCAGAGGAUAUUCUGUCAGCAGCGGCAAUCAGUACACUUCUAAAAGAACUCGAUUUAGACAAAUAUUUACUUAGUCCAGAAUGUACUUCAAAUGACAAAAUGUAUGCUACGGUAGAAAACGGUUGGAGAAAUGAAUGCGGUGCAUUGCUACGGUUGCCUAUCUUACCAAAAAAUGUCGUCUGUCACAUUCCCGAUUUCUGCACUGGCAUAGAGUGCUGCAUUGGUGUCGAUAUUAUUCGCAGAUCCUUCAACACCAAACUUGUCCUAAAUGCAUGUGAUCUAACAUUCACGAUCGGAAUUGAAAAGCUUUCCAAAGAAAUAUCUCUCACUUCCUAUAACUGGGGCACAGUGGAAGAAGUGUCUGUCGGAGGUGUCAUCAAAAUUGUAUAUUCAAUCGAAGAUCUGCAGAGUGAAAAAACAUUCGUUGUGAAUGUGAAUGUAAAAGUAUGCUUUGAAGAAAACUACUGCCUUAUUAACGAGCCGCUACUUACAAAUGUUUAUCUACCAAAGCCUUUAUGCAAUUGGGAUACGGGAUACAUAAUACCAGAUUACUCCUUAUCGAGCUGGUUAAGUGAACAUUCGUUAGAUAUAAAUGGUGAUGUGCUUGAGUCCUUUGUGGUUGAGAAGCUUCUUAAUGACCUUGGUAUUGCAAAAUAUCUCCGACAAAACCAGUGCAACAUUGGAACAACACCGUUUCUUGAUGCUUGGAACAAUGACUGUCCCAAAGAAAUACAAGCAAGAACACUUCCGAGCUUUAUGUCAUGUCAUAUCGUAGACUACUGCACCGGGAUAGAGUGUUGUAUAGACGUGUCCGUAAUACAACGUUCGCUGAGGGCAUACAUAUUUUUGAACGCAUGUGAUUAUAAGCUGGAGAUCGGCAUUGAAAACUACGCCCUAAACAUUUCACUCCUUUCCUACUCAUGGGGCAAAUGGGAUGAAUUUAGCUUGCUUGGAAUAUUCCGCAUCAGAUAUCGCAUCAUCAAUUUGGAAGCUGAAAAAAGAUAUGUGGUCGAUCUAAAGAUGGCGCUGUGCAUCCAGUCUAAUACAUGUGAAGAAGAUGUAGUGGUUUUAAAGGAAGCAGAUCUUCCUAAACCUGGCUGUGAUUGGACAGGAGAACUUCCAAAUAUUAAACUAGACGACUUUAGAACAGACCUUAGCAUAAACAGUCUGCCGAGCUACACAGUCGAUAUAAUUUUGGAAAAAUUGGGAAUUCUGAAAUACAUGAGUAGAAACGAUUCGUGUACGCUCUCAUCAGAUAAAUAUAACCCGGCAACAGAUGGAUGGAAAAACGAUUGCGAACAAGAUAUCACAAUGUCUUUGCUUUCAAACCAUAUGAGAUGCAACAUUCAAGAAACCUGUACGACUAUCGAUUGCUGCAUAUCAGUGCCCGUCAUGGAACGAACAUUUAAAGCAUCCAUUGAUCUUGACGCUUGCGACCUUACACUCACCUUGAGUUUCGAGAAAUAUGAACAUGAAAUAGCAUUGCUUAACUAUGAAUGGGGAACACCACAAGUGUUAAAUAUUCAAGGCGUGUUUCAUUUACACUACACAGUAGAGCAUCUGCCUUCAAACAAACAAUUUAGACUGUCAGCAAGCUUGAAACUUUGCAUUGAAAGUAGCGGAUGUAUUAUCGACCAGUCAAUAGCAGACAACGUUUUAUUACCGAUACCAUUUUGCAGCUUUGACGGAUCUUUUAAAUUCAAAAAUUUCUCUGUCACCGAAUGGAUAAAGGAGAACACUGAUGACGCUGCAAAUCAAGUGAUUGGUGUUUUCAAAGAUAUGUUACUGGAUGACUUAGGUUUGACAAAUUUUUUAUCCUCUAAAGAAUGCUCUGUUAAUAGGGAAGGCUUUGCUCUCAACGGAUGGAGAAAAGAGUGUACUCUUGACAGAACUUUACCGUCGCUCCCGGAAAGCAUGGUCUGCGCUCUUGGAGAAAACUGCUUUGAUGUCUCAUGCUGCGUGUUGGUUCCAAUAAUAGACAGGACGCUCUCAGUGAAAAUGAAAUUGGACUUCUGUGAAUUUGAGCUGUAUUCGUCUAUAGAAAAUCUAAGCGUCAAUUACUCGCUAAUUUCCUAUCCGUUUGGAACAUCAGUUGAAACAGAUCUAGUAGGAGUAUUACGAUUAAAGCACAUGUUGUUGGACGACACGGACAAUUCUGCUUUUCGGUUUAGUCUUGAUAUAAGUGUUUGCUUGGAAUCUAAUGGACCUUGCGUUCUUAACGUUAACCUUUUGAAUGACGUCAGAGUUCCAAAACCACUUUGUGACCUCGAGCGGGGAUUCAGGAUCCCAGAUUUUGCAUUAGACAAAUGGUUAGCAGACCAAGGACUUUCGGAUAGCCUCGAUAUGACUGAAAUUGACGUUUCAAAUCUCAUUGAAACACUUGGAAUCAGUAAAUAUUUAGAUGAUCAAACAUGCGAACACAAUUCAAGACCUUUUCAUGGAAAGGGUUGGACGACAGACUGUCCUCUACACAUUAUCGUUCCUGAUCUACCAGACGCGAUGCAAUGCUACCUUCAACAGACGUGCACGGGAGUCGAAUGCUGCAUUUACGUAGAUGUUAUCAAUCGUUAUGUUAGUGCUCAACUGCAAGUGGACACUUGUAACAUGAGAAUCAUUGCUGGUAUUGAAAACCUGUUGGUGAAUGAGUCACUUAUAGACUAUAGCUACGGUACUGAAAAACAUAUUUACCUGAUGGGGGUCUUUCGUAUGAGUUACAUGAUUCGUGAUUACGCAGAAGUAAGGGAGUUGGGUAUUGAUCUGGAAAUAAGCGUUUGCUUUACCGAAAACAGUUGUGACUACAGUACUCCUAUCUUUGUAAACAAAAUCAUACCUAAACCUUUGUGCAAGUGGGACAGCUCUUUCCUUGUGCCAGAUUUCUCACUAGAAAAUUGGCUUACGGAUUUGGAUAUCAGCGAUGUCACAAAAAUGGCUGAGGAAGAAAUACAAAAGCUUACGAAAGACCUCGGGAUCUCAAGUUUUUUGUCGGAAUCUUCUUGUGAAAAGCAUACCUACCCUUAUGAUCCUGUACAACAUGGUUGGAAUUCAGAAUGUACAGAAAUGCAGAAUCUACAAUCCGUACCACCUAUAAUGUCAUGCUACAUCAGUGAAGAUUGUUCAACAUUCAGCUGUUGUGUUGAAAUUGAGUUACUGAAACGAACUGUUGAGACGAUGGUCAAAAUAGAUUUCUGUAAUUUCCUUAUUGAAGCAGAAAUAGACCGGCUGAAAGUUUCCAGAUCUUUCAUCGACUACGAGUUUGGUACUGAGCUCCAUCUCUUCUUGUUUGGCGUUGUGAGAUUGACUUUUCAAUUCUUUGAUUCGAGCAACACGGAAUAUGUAGCAAAUCUUGCGAUCCAAGUAUGUUUUGAGGCAAAAGGAACCUGCCUCAUUGAUGCUCAGAUACUUUCAAAUGUGACCAUUCCAAAGUUAAACUGCUUAUUCGGAACAUCGUUCUACAAACCUGGCUUUCAAAUCAGUGAGUUUUUCAAAGGGUUUGGAAUAGAAAAUGAGCCAAUUAUCAGUGAUGAGUACAUAUCUCAGCUAUUUAGUGUGUAUGACAUUGAGAAAUACAUCAAAGAUGAGCAGUGCACGAAACAUUCGAUUAAAGAAAAGCACGGUUGUUCUUCAAGCCAAGAAUUGCGAGGACUUCCAUCGGAUAGUGCAUGUGUUUACUUUGAGGACUGCCUUUCAAUAGUGUGUUGUGUCCAAGUACCUUUUGUGAACAGACAUUUUGAAUUAGCAUUACAAAUUAGUACAUGCGAAUACUAUAUGCAGCUAUCUGUUGAAAACUAUAGCUCAUCAAUCCUUUUGGAUAACACACAAUACGGGACUUGGAAGGUCUUUCAAUUUCAAGGAAUGACAAAAUUAAGGUACAGGCUCAUAGACAUAUACACCGAAAACAGCAUACUUAUUGACAUCAGGGUUCAACUAUGUUUGUCUGAUGGUACAAAAUGUGAACUUGAUAUAGCAGUUAUGGACUCUGUUAAAGUUGCCAAACCAUUAUGUGGAGCACUAAAUGGAUUCAAAUCGCCAGACUUUUCUCUUGUGUCGUGGUUAAACGAGAUAAACAUCAGUGACAUCAUUGAUUUGCCUGAUAUCAAAUUACCUACAUUAUAUAAUGCACUUGGAAUAGAUCGGUUCCUUAGGCGAUCGCCUUGCAAAAUCAAUGACUCUACCAGGAACUUGCAUUUUGAGACAAAUGAUAAGAGCUCAAAAUUAAGUGUAAGUUUGUGUCUGCAUGUUGAGCAACUUGACAGAACAAUUUUGACGGAAGUGGAAUUAGACCAUUGCAACUUCGAAUUAAAGUUUGCAAUUGAAAACUAUGAAAGAAACUUCCAAUAUUCUGAUUUCAAGUUUGGGACAAAGGGCGUUCUUGAUUUGUUUGGUAUAUUUACAAUUCGGUACGACGUCACAGAUUUGAAAGGUUUCAACCAGUUCUCCAUCAGUCUCGAGUAUCGUAUAUGCUUCGAAGCACACGAAUGUCCAGAAUUUAGUACACUUGUCAGUGACUACCGUAUUGCAAAACCCAACUGCUCACCGGAAACAUUCUUAGAAGAUAUCUCGAUGGAAAAUGUUCUGUCUGCUAUUGGUUACGAAGACGACACAACUCUAAGCCCAUACCAAGAAGAGGUUUAUCUUCAUAUGACAAAAUUAGCAACCUUCAUGGAAACAACACAAUGCGCUCUACGUGAAUACGAUAAGUUUACUGGAGGAUGGCUAAAUAUGUGUCCAACUGCAAGUAGCUUACCUGUCUUGACGGAAGGCGUAUCGUGCACCCUUGACGAAACCUGCAAACAAAUUAAAUGCUGUGUGCACGUUCCUUUCCUGAAUAGGAAUGUUAUUGUUGCCGCAAGAAUCGACCCAUGCGAAAAUCUGCUAUUGAUAAAUGUCGACAAAUUCGUUCGCACUUUUCUACUUUCCUCUAACAAUUUCGGAAUUAAUCAACAAUUUAGUUUGUUUGAAUUGUUUAAUGUCACGAUAAAUGUGAAGUACCUUUCGCCGAGCCGCAGUUUUAUCCUCGACAUGGACGUAAACGUUUGUUUGCAGACAGGAAGUUGUGACAUAAAUACGAAAUUGUUAGAUGGCACUAGAAUUUCAGUUCCUAGCUGCAACUUCACAACAGGCUUUCUUAUAGAAGACUUUUCACUUAACAACUGGGCAUCAUCCAGUGGAAUAUCCGAUCUUUCUGAAAUGAGUCAACUACAAAUGGAUAGUCUCUUUGAAGAUCUCGAUAUUUCUCGUUAUUAUCAGGCGUGUACAUCUGCAAGCGGACACGACACAGAAAAAUGCGAUUCGAGCUUGUUGAUAUCUACAAACGGAGUAAACUGUUAUUUUGAAGACGCCUGUACUAAUGUCACAUGUUGUGUGGAUCUGUCACCUUUAAACACGUCGAUUCAAAUUAACCUCGACAUACUUCCAUGUGCGUUAAAAGCAAUACUAACAAUAGGAACAUUCCAGAGACAAAUUCCCCUUGUGAAUAUGGAAGAUAUGGAAUCAAUAAUGUUGUCCUUAGGAGGAUUUGUGAAAAGCAGUGUCACUAUCCGGGAUUUAUCACACGAGCAGUCAUAUUUGGUCGACCUGUCUGUUACUGUUUGUACCGAAUCCAACGAACAGUGCAUCCUUUCAAUCAAAGUCUUCGAAAAUGCAUUACUACCAAAAGACACCUGCAACUGGUCUGCAGAUGAAUAUAACAAUGAUUUUAGUAUAUUGACAUGGACGUCCGAAAGGGGUCUCGUGCUUGGAAACUUCACAGAUGUUGACUCUGCAAUGCUUCUGGAUCGUUUACAAAUGUCGCAUAUUUUGGGUGAUGGAACAUGUCCGGCCCCAACUUCAAAUGGAUGUCUGCUGAAAACCACAGAGGCUGUGCAGUGUGCACUGUCAGAAACAUGUUUGCGUGCCGAUUGUUGCAUACAUUCAAAGAGAAUUGCUACGUCGUUUCAAUUUGCAUACGAUAUAGACAUAUGUAAUUUUAAAGCGAAAAUACAGAUUGAGAAACUGGUUCACACACUUGAUCUGUUCACUUAUGAUUUUGGAACAUCACAAGAAUUGUCUUUGUUCGGACUCUUGACAUUACGAUAUUCAUUUGAUAUGGAUGUGGUAGCUAAAUCGAUGAGAAUAAGUUUAAUUGGUCGAGUGUGUCUUGAUAAAACAACAUGUGAUCGUGAAAUCGUUAUUGCUAAUAAUACGGUGAUAAGCCUUCCGAGUUGCGAGGGGAAAUUAAAGAAUACAUACGGAAUCGAAGAGUUUUCGCUUUCGAAUUGGCUUACCAAUUUCAAUACAAACAAGACCAUGGUUUUGCCCGAUUUUCUCUCUACAUACUUGCUUGAUCAGUUAGGCAUUUCAUAUUAUCUUGAAGAAAAUAGACGUUGCCCUCACGUUUCGGGGUCAUCAUGGAAUAAAGAUGUUUGCCCCCAAUUAACAGACGUUCUGCCUUCGCUACCUGACACGGUGAAAUGCAGUCUUACAACAUGCACGUCCGCUUCGUGCUGUUAUAAUUCAUCGGUGGCAAAACUUCCAAUACAUUUUUCCUUUGAUGUUGACCCAUGUGAAUUAAGAUUUGAUAUUAGUUUGGAAAAGCUAACCUACAGCGUCAGUUUAGUUGAUUAUAAUUUUGGAAACGAGGAACAGCUUUGGAUUGGCGGUGUUUUUCGAUUAAGAUUUCGGUUGUACGAUAUUUUGGCGCCAAAACGAUACGUUGCUAAAUUGUAUUUUGACAUCUGUUGGGAAAGACACGAGUGCGAAACCAUUGUACUUUUAAAUAACACCGUUCUGCUAACAGAGCCAUGUAAUUACACUUCAGGAUUUGCGAGCCCAGACUUUUCAUUAACAUCAUGGAAAGAGGAAAAUGGUAUUGAAAUUGACAGUACUAUCCCUGAAAACUUCCAAAAGCAACUGAUAGAUGAUCUUGAUAUCACCAAUUUUCUGCAAGAAGAUACAUGUACGGCGAUGAAAGAAGAUGUCCAGGGUUGCCCAUUACAUCUUCCACUUGUUGAUGAUCAACUAAAGGGCACACAAUGCCAAUUGCUUAGCCAUUGUACCGGUGUACGAUGCUGCAUGACGUCGACACAAACUGGACUUAACUUUGAAAUCCUCAUGGAUGUUGAUCCCUGUACACAGAUGUUAACAAUGCAAAUCGAAAACUACAAGAAAGAGAUACCUUUGCAUGAACUUCAAUACGGGACUAACGUCGAGUUUUGGUUGCAAGGCGUUGUAAGAAUGAGAUUUUAUAUACUUGAGCUGAAAGAAGACAGAAGUUACAUCAUGACACUAGAGAUAAGCCUUUGUUUCGAGGCAAACUCUUCCUGUGAAUUCAAUUACAGUAUUUUAAAUGAAACUAAACUGCCAAAAUUCAACUGUGAGUGGGGUCCCGGUUUACAAGCGAUGCAAGACUUCUCAAUAUCGCAGUGGUUAGAUCAAAUGGGUAUAAUGGAUUUAGAAAGCGCUGAUGACUACGUGUACGAUAUUUUAUUUACUGAUCUCGGAAUAGCAGAAUUUCUAAGGGAGAAACAAUGUCUGACAAACAUAUAUCCGUUCACUGAAGGCACAAAUAACGAAUGCAUUGGAGCAGGAGGUAUAUUGCCAUCAGAUGGACCAGUACAUUGUCAUAUCACGACCUCUUGCCAAACAAUCGAAUGCUGCACUGAUGUUGAUGUUCUUCAUCAUGCAUUUUACACAUAUCUUUCUGUGGACAUAUGUAAUAUGACACUGAGUGUUGGCAUUGAACAAUACGUUUACACAAUUAGUUUGGUGAAUUAUCAAUUCGGAGCCUUGGAACAUUUUUGGCUGCAGGAGUUUGCACGAAUGGAUUUUCGUGUCUACAACAUCGAGUCAGAAUCGAGCUUGGUGGUCAAUUUGGACAUAAGUUUCUGCCUAGAUACCAGUGACUGCCAUGCCAAACAAACUGUUUUGUCACAAGCACAAUUACCUUACACUCCUUGUAAACUCGACGAAGAAUUCAGUUUCAAAGGUUUUUCAUGGAGUUCUUGGUUAGAGCAACACAACCUAAUUGAUUAUACAGAUAUAACACCAAUGCAGUUGCUGACACUUUCCGAACAACUUCAGCUGUCAAAAUACCUUCUUGAUGAUGAGGAAUGCACCGCCAAUUCGUCUGGAAAUGAUAACGGCUGCCUCCUGAACAACAAUACCAACAGCGAAGUUUUGACAUGUGCACUUCCUUCGUGCUUGUCUUUGGGAUGUUGCAUCAAUUUUUACCAGCUUCAUCACGUAUUCCGAUUUGCAUUCAACAUUGAUAACUGCAACCAAAAUAUUCAUAUAGCUCUGGACAAGUUUUCAGUGGAUAUCUCACUUCUUGAUUUUCAAUGGAACAGUGCUUAUGACGUGUUUUUGAAAGGUGUUGUUCGUAUAUCAUUUAGAAUAGAAGAUUUAGAACAUGAAAAUGCCUUCCUUGUCUCACUGUCAUUACGCCUGUGCCUUGAGGAUGAAGAGUGUUUCUUCGAAACAACUGUUUUCAAUAACAUGCUGGCACCAAAAGCAUUCUGUGAUUACUCAGUAACAGAUAUAUAUCCCAUAAAAGAUUUUUCACUUGUUGCAUGGAUGUCGGACCAAGACAUAACAGGGCUGCCACCCCUUUCGCAAGCUAUGUCCACAAUCCUGCUCGAUAGCCUUGGUGUAUCAAAUUACCUUGGCAAUAGUUGUGAUCAAUCGGGGUCUGGAUCGACUAGCAGCGUACCAUUUCAAAUUAACUUCGGAGGAAUAUUACGUUUUGAGUAUUCUAUAAACAACCUUGCAUAUGGAAAUGCAUUUCUGGUCAAUGCAUUACUGAAGACGUGUUUUGAAUCUUCACUUCCCUGCGUCGAGAUACCAUUGCUAUCUGAAGCAAUAUUUGAAAAACCUGUCUGUUCAUAUGAUCUCGGAUUUGCAGAAAAGGACUUUUCACUCCAAAAAUGGCUGUCGAGCAACGGUAUUCUUCAAGAAUCUCAGAUUAACUCAACUUUCAUAUCCAAACUGUAUGACAAACUGAACCUAUCUCCCUAUCUCCUGGAAGAGCAGUGCCCAUUCAAUUCGUCACAGACCUGGUCCACAGACUGUGAGUUUCCUAUCGAUGUGCAACAACUGCCAAACAACAUCAACUGCCACCUCGAUCAAUCUUGUACAAGUUUUACUUGUUGUGUGGACAUUUCAACUCUGCAAAGGACAUUCUUGGUUAAAUUCCGCAUUGACUCGUGUGAAAACAAAGUGGAACGAAGCAUAGAGAAGUAUCGAAGUGCCAAAUAUUUAUUUAACUACAACUGGGGCGAAACCGAGACAAUGUCACUGUUUGGAGUAAUACGACAACGAUUAAGUGUCGACAACCUUGAAGCAGAAAAGAAGUUCAUAGUAAAUUUUGGAAUUAGUAUAUGUCUGGAAUCCGACUCACAUUGUCUUCUCAACCUGGCAAUACUGACUGAUGCUACAAUUCCAAAGACGCUUUGUGACUGGAACAGCGAAUUCUUGGAUAAAGACUUUGACUACUUGGACUGGCGUCAUGAAAACAAUGUUCUUAAAGAUGCCAUCCUGUCUCAAAAUGAAAUUGACGUUUUGAUGGAUGAAUUAGGCGUAACACCCUAUCUAACAUCAAAUUGCCAGACCAGUAACAAAAGUACAGAUGAUCAAAAUUGGCUAAACGAUUGUCCGAUGGACAUAUCAUUGCCAACAUUACCUGAAGGCACUCAGUGCAUGCUCCGUAGCGACUGCUUUUUUGUCGAGUGUUGCACCUACCUGGACUUUAUCAGACAUGACAUACACACCAGAUUUCAUUUAGAGCCUUGCACUUUCCUCCUUAAUAUUGAACUUGAAAAACUUUCAUUUACAAUCAACUUAUUUGAAUUUGAGUUUGGGGAAGAAUAUAUAUUACGUCUUUAUGGAGUGUUUGCCUUGAGGUUUAAAAUGCAAGAUUUGUCUAACAGUGGAUUUUUCGUAAUUGAUAUUUCUCUCGAGAUUUGCCAGGGUACUCGCGUAUCAUGCACUCAGAUACAUGUAUUUGAAAAGAUGAAAAUACCAAAACCGACCUGUGACUUAGGCAAUGGCUUCAAAAUACCUAGUUUUUCGCUUGAGACAUGGAAAACUGAAAACGGUGUUGCCGUGGAAGGUUUCGACCCUCUAUCUCUGUCACAAUUAUACGAAUAUAUUGGCAUAGCACCAUAUUUGCAACAACGUCCAUGCAAAACUAAUCAGUCAAAGUCAUGGACAAGUGUAUGCCCAAAUGAUUUAAGUUUAACAAAUUUAACUGAAUCCGUAUCCUGCUCCAUUGGACGUUCUUGUGCUGAUGUUCGGUGCUGUCUGUAUUCGCAAACGUUGCAGCGUACCUUUACAGUGGAGAUGAGUUUGGAUGCAUGUGUGAAGAAACUCAAUUUGGCAAUUGAACAAUUAUACAUGAAUAUAUCUUUGUACAACUUUGAGUGGGGUCAAGUGAAUACCUUUUCGAUGUUUGGGGUCGUUCGCCUAGGAUACACCAUUGACUACCUGGAACUUUCAAACGUCUUCAUUGCGUCACUUAACGUAUCAGUGUGCCUAGAAGCAGACUCUAAUUGUGAGGUGAAUUUCGAAGUUCUCUCGGGUACGAUAUUGCCGAUUCAACCAUGUGACCUGGACACGCCGUAUAAAAUACCGGACUUUUCAUUAACACACUGGUUGGAGGAGAAUCGUUUCCAUGUGACAUCCGUUUUAGAUGUCAAUGUUGUGUCAGAUUUAUUCGAAAUACUCGGUAUUACAAGCUACCUUCAAACUAACCACUGCAGCCCCCGAAGUGACGUGUACGCUCCAGGCAUUCAGGGAUGGCGGAAAGAAUGCGGAAAAAAUGUUCAUGUUCCUGAUCUACACAGCGAUGUGGCUUGCUUGUUAACGGACUCGUGUAAUGGCAUAUCUUGCUGUUUGACAUCACAUUUAGUCGGACGAUCAUUCGAAGUUGCCGUCGAUUUAGAUCAUUGCGAACAAACACUUCAUCUUAGAAUCGAAAAGCUCGCGUUUGAUCUGCCAAUUGAUAACAUUGAAUUGGGUGUGUUAAAAUAG